GUGGUGGUGGCUACGGUGGCUACGGUGGUGGUGGUGGCCACGGUGGUGGUGGUGGUGGUGGUGGCGGCGGCUACGCCUCCCUCUUCGCCUCCCCCGCGGCGCUGGAGCCGCCCGCCUUGGACGACGACUUUGUCGGCGGCGGAGCCUCCACCGCCUCCACCGCCUCCGCCGCCUCCCGCCUCCACCGCCCCCGCCGCCACCGCCCCCGCCGCCGCCGGCCCCGCCCGUCGUCUCGAGGCCCCGGACACUUCGGGCCCGAGCUCGCCAGGGUCCUCUCGGCCCACCUGGUCCACUCCAGCCUGCCAGGCCUCUCCAGCCUGGAGCAGAUGUGCCUGCUGGCCCUCGCCGAUACGGUCGCAGGCACCGGCACGCACGCCGUGGGUGGGCGCGGGCUGGCCGGCUCCGCCCCCAGCUCACUGAGCGACGCCGACGGCCUGGCACUGGGGGGAGGUGCCGGGGGUGGGGGCUACGCUUCCAUGGCAACCGGUGGUGAGGCACUGGACGAGUGUGGGGUGAGGUUCCUGCUUGCGAUGAGGCUCCACCUCUGCCUGCUCACCUCACUCCCUCCCGUCUACCGCACCCAGCUGCUUCACCAGGGCCUGUCCACGUGCUACUUUGCCUGGGCCUUCCACUCGGAGGCGGAGGAGGAGCUGCUGCUGAUGGUGCCGGGCGUGAUGGCCGGAACUGCCCAGUGGGCUCACCUGAAGGCGAUGGGCGCGGGCUGGUGGUUGCGCAACCUCAACACGCUCCGGAGGGCCGUGGAGAAGGUCGCCAAGGCGGCGUUCCAGCAGCGUGGAGACCCCCUGGACGCUGCCCUCUUCUACCUCGCCCUGCACAAGAAGGGGGUCGUGUGGGGGCUCUUCAGGUCUCGUGGCGACGUCAAGAUGACUUCCUUCUUCAGCAACAACUUUGGCGAGGAGCGAUGGCGUCGUGCUGCACUCACCAACGCCUACGCGCUGCUGGGGAAGCAGAGAUUCACUCACGCUGCAGCCUUCUUCCUAUUGGCUGGCUCGCUGCACGACACAAUAGAGGUGUGCCUGGAGAAGCUCCACGACCUGCAGCUGGCCCUGGUGGUGUCUCGUCUCUACGAAGAGGGGGACAGCAGUGAGAGUACAUACAGGCUGGUGUUGCGUCACCGUAUCCUGGGCGGGCCUUCCCCGGAGGGCCGCGACGACUUCCUGCCGCCCCACGCAGACCCCUUCCUACGCAGCAUGACGCAUUGGAUUCUGGGUAGCCCCUCGCGGGCCCUGCAGGCCCUGCUGGAGCAGCCCGCCCCACCGGGUCACCCAGAGACGUCCAUCGCUGUGGGUGGAUGCGUCUCUUGCUGUGACCCAAGCGUCUUCAACUUCUACAACUUCCUGCGUGCCCACCCGCUCAUCCAGCGGCAGCGCCGCUUUGCUUCGCUGGCCGCGGACGGAGGUGGAGGAGGAGGUGGAGGAGGAGGUGGAGGAGGAGGAGGUGGAGGAGGUGACGAGGAAGAGGUGAACUCGCUUGAGAGGAGGCUGCUGUUCAAGACAGCCAACGCCCACUUCAAGUCCGGCUGCCCCAUGCUAGCGCUGGAGGUGCUGGCCAAGAUGCCGGCAGUCAGGCGAGGAGGUGGCAGAGGAGGUGGAGGAGGAGGUGGCGGAGGAGCAGCAUCAUCAUCAGCAGCACCAGCAUCAUCAUCAGCAGCAUCAUCAGCAGCAGCAGCAGCGUUGCCGCCAUCCUCUUGCGAGUGGGAGGAAGAUGUCAUAGCCCAGCAGCUGAAGUUCAGAGCGUGCUUGAAGGUGCUGAUGACGGAGCUGCGUACUCUGGCCACGGGCCGGGAGGCGGACGGCGCCAAGCUGAGGGCUCAGCUCCACACGUGGCUACACAGGGAGACGGGAGCCCUGAGCACCGUCUUCGGACAGACACAGGAGACACCCGACACUGGGGAGGACUCACGCCUGCAGUGGCUGAAGAGGAACCAGGCCCUCCUCAGAAUGUUCCUCAGCUACUGCAACCUUCACGGAGCGCUUGGAGGAGGCCUUGCCUCAGUACGCAUGGAGCUGAUCCUGCUACUUCAGGAGUCGUUGCAGGACGACCCCCACCCCCCGACCCCUGCAGGCGUGGGGGUGGGGGUGGGGGUGCCUCCGGCCCGCACCGUCAUCCCGGGCCCGGCCCAGCACCUGACACUGCUGUCCAGCGACAUCUUGGAGGCCUUCGCCUGCCUCCACGACCCCCCACACCCACACAGGCCCUGCCAGCAGGUUCAGGUGAUGUACUCCCUGGCUGCGUCUCUGUCCGCCUGCGUCCACCAGUCUCUCUGCGACAGUCCCGGAGAGAGCUGGUGCGACUCUCCGUGGUUCUCCGGGAUGACCUACACCGCAACCGGCACCGCCGGCACGUCGCUGUUGGCGGUGUACGUGGCGCUGGUGGCGCGAGGCCUGGCCAGCCACGACCCCUCGCUGCUCUACCGCCUGGCCGCACGUCCGCCGGGCACCGACGCCGCCUGGCGCGCCGUCUUCGGGGGCUACGCCGUCGCCGACGCCGACGCCGACGCCGACGCCGGCGGCAACGCCGCCGAAGACGGCGGCGUUGCCGGGCCGGCGACGUCGGCGCUUCAGCGGCGGGGGCGGCAGCGGGAGGGGGGAAGCGGGGAAGUGCUCCCCGUGCACUCCACCCUCUCCCUGUCCGCCCUCCGCACCCUGGAGUGCUGGGAGCGGGCAUCCCGGGCCUCCCUGGACGCCCGCGGGGGUCCUCCCCCCGGCUUCCUGGACCCCGGCCCCGUGCCGCCACUCCUCUCGGCCUCGCCCCAACCGCCGGCGGCACAGCCGGCGGCACAGCCGGCGCCCGCCCACCGGCACGGGCGCCACGCCGAGGGUGCGGGGGCGGCCACCCGGGCGGCCGUGGCGGCCGCCAUCCACGCCAUCGGGGCCGGUGGCAGGACGCCCUUCAGCAUGGAGCAGCUGCACUCCACCUUCCUGCGCUACUCACUCACCCACAGGCGUCCUCAGCAUGAGCUGGAGGCUGAGCAGGGUGAGCUGAGUGGGCCGGCUCGGAUUGUCCACAAGGAGACCGACGCCAUCAACGCCUUUGCUGUCAACAUGGCGAACCCGGCGUGUCUCGCCCUGGCAGGGAGCCACGACCUGCAGGAGCUCGACGUCUCCUCCGUGCUCACGUCGCGCACGCACAGCUGGCUCAUCAAGAGGAAUCUCAACAACGUCAAGAAGAUAGCUUCACACCCUACACUGCCGUACUACGUGACGGGGGCCCAGGACGGCAGCGUCAGGAUGUUUGAGUGGGGCCACGCCCAGCAGCUGAGCUGCUACCGUCAGCCUGGCAAUGCCCGUGUCACCCACAUCACAUUCACACAGCACGGGGAGCGG